AUGGUACGCCCCGCGAGACGCCCUCUCCUCUGUGUGUCCAAGGGAAAGGUCAAGGACAAGGCCCAACACGCCGUCAUCCUCGACAAGACCACCUCCGACAAGCUCUACAAGGAUGUUCAGUCCUACCGCCUGGUGACCGUUGCCGUCCUGGUCGACCGUCUCAAGAUCAACGGCUCCCUCGCCCGGAGAUGUCUUGCCGACCUCGAGGAGAAGGGCAUCAUCAAGCCCAUUGUCCAGCACAGCAAGAUGAAGAUCUACACCCGUGCCGUCGGUGGUACUGACUAA